AGACAAUAGGCGCUGUGGGCAGUCACUCUCUUUGUUGUAACAUCUCCACCUCUGGAGAGGAGUGGUGUUUGGAGCGCUCCGCUCGCCUUUUAAUGGGUCUGCGCGCUUUGUUCUUGGGCCCGUCGCUAUAGAGACCCUCUCCAUCAGGCCCGUGAGGGUCUGAUUGAUCAGCUGGACGGUGGAGGGGCUUUAUUUCCAUUCCCAAGAGUUUGCCUGUUAGUUUGAGCUCUUCUGUCGACGGACAUGGCCGGUUCUGAAGGUUGUGCUUCAAGGAUGGCAUCGGUGACCGACUCGCGUCUCCAGCCGUCACAGAAAGACGCGGCUGACCAAAACUUUGAUUACAUGUUCAAACUCCUCAUCAUAGGCAACAGCAGCGUCGGUAAAACCAGCUUCCUGUUUCGCUACGCGGACAAUUCCUUCACGUCAGCCUUCGUCAGCACGGUGGGGAUUGACUUUAAGGUCAAAACCGUUUUUCGCAACAAUAAGAGGAUCAAACUACAAAUCUGGGACACAGCCGGACAGGAGCGCUACAGAACCAUCACUACAGCGUAUUACAGAGGAGCCAUGGGCUUCCUGCUAAUGUACGACAUCACAAACCAGGACUCAUUCAACGCCGUUCAAGACUGGGCCACUCAGAUAAAGACAUACUCAUGGGAUAAUGCACAGGUGAUACUGGUGGCCAACAAGUGUGACCUGGAAGAUGACAGACUCGUUCCAACAGAGGACGGUCAGAGACUGGCUCACGAACUUGGUUUCCAGUUUUUCGAGGCCAGCGCCAAAGACAACAUCAAUGUGAAACAGGUUUUCGAGUGUCUGGUGGACGUGAUAUGUGAGAAGAUGAAUGAAAGUAUGGACGGAGACGGUCUAGUGUCCAACCACAAAGACUCCAGUCUGCAGGACACGUCCUCUGAGGGACACAGCAGCUGUGCCUGCUAAAACAGACUCUCUCAGUCUUUAUCAUGUAGAGAACUUCUCUACACUUAUAUUCGGGAUAAUCUUUGCUUUUCUUCUUUUAACCCAAACAGCAUCUAAGCGCGUUCAGUGUUGUUUGUUGAUGUGGAUAGUCAAGAUAGGACUGCAUGGAUUAAAAUCUGACUGCACUGGUGAUCUACGUGACGCUCCGUACGUAUUCGCAUGCAGAGAUGCAAACAACUGGAGAUACUGCACAGCAUUUAGAGCUCCAUCCACUCCCAUUGUUCAUGCUCUGACCCCAUAUUCCAUCUUUUCUCUGCUUUUCACUCAAAAAAGCCAUGUUUUGAUGGAUCUUUGUGGUUUUAGUAUAUGUUCGCUAUCUCAUCAGACACUGUAACGUCCAGAGCACUGAGCGGGCAGUUUCUGUAUUGUCCAUCUGGGUGUCCAUCUGCUUAUUAUACACUAUUGUUGAGAUAAAUGCACUGUUUUAUUCUGAUAUGUGCAAUCUUGGGCUUUUGUUGUAACCUAUGUGCAUCACACACUGAGAAAUAUCCACUCAAAUCAAUGUUUUACUGUUUUUUUUUUUUUUUUUGAAUAAAUGUUUUCUUAAAUUAUAAGAUAGCAAAUAAACUAUCUGCAACCCAAAAUGACCUGCGUGCUGUCACAAUAAUUAAUAAGAUCUUGUUUUCUUUUUUUCUUUUUUUUGAAAAGUACUUAAGAGGUUACUUUAUCUGAAAAUUAAAAUCUGCUGAAAAUCCUCA